AUGGACUCUGAGGACGAUGAGCUUCCCCCUACUCUGGUAGACGUAGGAGAAGUAGAAAAUACAAAAGAAGAGAAACCAAGAAAAGUGCCUAUUACCAUUGUUACAGGAUAUUUGGGUGCGGGCAAAACCACAUUGAUGAACUAUAUCUUGACCGAGCAACAUGGGAAAAAGAUCGCAGUAAUUCUUAACGGCGAAUAUGUAGCUGCCGACAUCGAAAAGACUUUAACCGUGAACACUGGUGGAGAAGAAGUCCAGGAAUGGCUUGACGUUGGAAAUGGAUGCAUUUGCUGUUCUGUGAAAGACCAAGGAGUAAACGCCAUUGAAUCACUAAUGGAAAAGAAAGGUGCAUUCGAUUACAUACUACUCGAAACUACUGGCCUAGCAGAUCCCGGAAAUAUUGCUCCCUUAUUUUGGGUUGACGAGGGACUUGGUAGCACUAUUUACCUUGACGGAAUUGUGACACUAGUUGACGCAAAGAAUAUUCUGAAGAGUUUAGAUGAGCCUGCGCAAGAAGAACUUCCCACGGAAGGACACGAGGUUCACGAUGGUCACUCUGGACCUUUGAUGAGCACGGCACACUUACAAAUCUCCCAUGCUGAUGUUAUUGUAUUGAACAAAUCGGAUCUUGUCAACGAGCAAGAGCUGCAAGCAGUCCGAGAACGUGUCGAGGCCAUUAAUGGAUUGGCUAAGAUUCAUGUUACAGAGCAAGGAAAGGUUCCAAACCUGGAAGGCUUCUUACUUGAUCUUCAUGCUUAUGAUAGUGUCGGAUCUUUGAAUAUAUCUGAAAAGGGACAUAGUCAUCUCGAUCCAACGAUAACAACCAUAACGCUUACUACACCAGUAUUAACAGCCGACCAGAUACCAAACCUUGACGCCUGGUUGAGAUCAAUCCUUUGGGACUCAAAACUACCAUCCCUAGAAUCAUGUACCUCAGAGGACAACUCUAGUUAUGAGAUUCAUCGCUUAAAAGCAAAGUUGCCCCUGUCGAAUGGCGAAAUGAAAAUUGUACAAGGUGUACGAGAUAUUUUUGAGAUUCUAGAUGCGCCAAACAGCUCGUCUGGAAACGAAUCUGAAGGCAAGAUCGUUUUGAUAGGAAAGGGUCUGACGGGGAAAGCUUUCCAGGAGAGUUUCCUGGCCACUAUCAAGGGUCUCUGA